UUCAUGGCGCCGUCCUCUUCCUCUUCCCCAUGGAGAUGGAGCAGAGCACCAAGCCCACCUUCCUGACUGAACCCAUCCAGCUCGCCUCCCUCCUUUCCAAAUAAUCAAGCAGAUCCACUCCUCCUCCUCCUCCUCCGCUGGACCGCACUGGGGCGCAGAGCGGAGGCCUCCGGUCGAUCUGUCCUGCCGCUGCGGUUUUGUUGGGACUUGGGAAGGGGGCCGAGCGGAGCCGCCGAGGAGAAGCAGAGGAAGAGGAAGAAGUUUGAUCCAGUAAAGCCGAGGAAACUUGGGCCCGAAGAAGAUUGUCUCCGUAACUGCUGGCAAUUCCUCCAGUAUAAGGCCACACAAUGACUAUUAUAGAUUUCAUAGAGCUGAGUGAUGAUGAUAUUAUCGACUUGAGUAGCGAUGAGGAGACUGUUCAAGAGGUUCAGAUUGCAACUCAACACCGGGCGACGUCGCUUGAUAGGCAGGGUAUGUUUUUCCUAGCUGGUGAAGGAAACCAAGGGGUGCAGGCCGUAUUUGUUGCAGCUGGUGAAGGAAGUCAAGAUGUGCAGGCCGUGUUUGUUGCAGCCAGUAAAGGAAGUCAAGAUGUGCAGACUGUGUUUGUUGCAGCUAGUGAAGGAAGGCAAGAGGCUACUGAGCCCGGACAUGCUUUGGAAGCUACCGCAUUGUCCAUGGUUAUGGAGAAAGCACCUCUUGUUGCAGCUAGUGAAGGAAGGCAGGAGGCUGCUGAGUCUGGACAUGCCUUGGAAGCUACCACGGUGUCCUUGCUUACAGAAACACCACCUCUAGGUACGGCUAAAUCACUGUACUGUCAUCGCUCUCCAACAUCAGCGCCAUUCCCCAGCCCGACUUCCACCACUCCGAAAGCUCAGACUUCUGAAGGUGGCGACGCAAAGGCAGUGAGAGUGAAGAGGAAAUAUCGUAAGGGGAACUACCAUACCGACACUCCUAGGAGAAGUCCUAGGCUUAUACAGAUGGGUGAAUGUUGUACCAGUCCUGUGGAAGAGCCAACAGCCGACCACAAGAGGUCUCGCAUGCUCGGGCCAGCAGAAGAAUCAGCUACCUUUAUCAACUCAGCUGAAACGGUUGUCCUCGCUCUGCCACAUGCUGGAUCAACGAAUUGUCUUCGCUCUCCAACAUCAGCGACAUUCCCCAGCCUGAUUUCCACCAGUCCUACAGCUGUGACUUCUGGAGGUGGCGAUGCAAAGCUGGUGAGAGUGAAGGCGAAACAUCCUGAGAGGAACUACCAUAUCUUGUCCUUGGUUAGGCAAAAACCACCUCUUGCUCCGACUUCCACCAGUCCGAAGGCUCUGUCCUCAGAAGGUGGUGACGCGAAGCUUGUGACCGGGAAGGUGAAACGUCGUAGGAAGAACUGCCGACCCUGCAAACUAACUCCUUAGACUGAAUCUUUCUAACUACUGUCGUUGUAGUUCCUCUCAUAGGUAACCACUCUUGUUGCAUCUGUAGUGGGAUCUGAGCUCGUCGUUGCCCCAUCUCUCUGCAUCAAAUUCGUCUAGGAUGUAAGUUGUGGGUGAUUUUUGGACUUGUUUCGUCAAGCACAUCAUUAAUUAGGUGGUAUUUUGGUGA